AUGGCUUCUGGACGAGGUGGAUCUGUAGCACGAGGUCCAGGUGGCGCUGGUAGCAGCGUGCCAGGAUCUCCACCACGUCCUAUGGAGGGGCGGGUAGGGGAUGGCCCUGGAGGAGCCGGCGCAUGCUUUGUGGGAGGGUUGCUUACCUUGGCGACGCCGACAUCACGUCACACUUUCCGCUACGACGGCCCUCGACCCCCUCCUAAGAAGAAGACACAGCCGGAGAGUGGCAGUGGGGAGGAGGAUGAGGAGGAGGAGGAGGAGGGUGAUGGCGAUGACGAUGAGGAUGAUGAGGGGAGCGGGGAUGACAGUGAGGCAGGGUGGGACCCAGAGACGGAUGGCGGUGGGGAGGGGGGAGAGGAUGAUGAAGACCACGAGAUGGAUGGGUUGGAGCCAGAGGGGCGGGAAGAGGAGGUGGGAGAGGGUGGUGGAGAGGCGGCAACGGAGGCGGGCUCACACCAUGUGCGUGAAGGGGGUGGGGGCGUGGGGGUUGCUGUGGGGAAAAAGGCCGCGACCAUUAGGCCGCCAAGGCGGGGGAAGAGGGUGAACAAGUUGAGGGAGCGGGCGUACCCCGCUACGUUCACAGGGGAGCCGUUGGGUGAGGGCGUGAUCGCACCGGAGUUCCUAGACGAGGAUGGAGAGUCAGAGAGUAGCAAGGGGACGGGAAGCAGGAAACCGGGGUGGCAAGUUAUGAUGUUCGGACCGAAGGAUGCAGACGAGAAGCGUCAGUGCAAGAUUUGCACUGACAAGAUCUCGUGGAAGCAGUCCACAACCACUCCCGGCGAGCGGCACUUCGCGAGCCACCAUACAGCGCAUAUGCUUGUGUGGCAUCACCCUUACCCGCAUGCCAAAACGUGGCCUCAUCUCGCGACCAAGACACCGCAGGCAGCAGGAGGAGAUAAGAAGGGGGGCGGGAUUGAGCGGUAUAUGACAACGAAGCUGUCACAGGGGGAGCUCCGACGGGCGAUUGCCAAGCUAGUGGUCACCUGCGACCUCCCCUUCCGCAUCGUGGAGGCCGAGGCUGUAAGUGCCCUGUCCCAUGGGGUGUUAUGGGAGGGUUUGGGAAAGGGUUCACGUUUGCUUUGCUACUCCAUUUAUUGCGCUCCACCCUUAUAUUGUGCUAUCAGGUCUCCCACCCAUCACUUAAUGCUUGACGCCCCUCUCUCCCCUCCCCUUGUCUCCACCCCCCCCUUCCAGUUUCGGGAGCUUCUGAUCCUGCUAAAUCGCAACUGCGCGCAGAAGAACUUCAUCCCCUCCCGUUGGACGGUCUCCCGCGACACCGUUGUCUUUGCGGCGGCCGCUCUCCAGUCCGCCAUCGCGGAGUUGCUGGCGAAGGAGGGGGAGCUGGGGUGCAAGGUGUCGAUAACCAUAGACAUAUGGACGGCACCCAACAACAAAGCAUGGCUGGUGGUUACCGGCCACUGGAUAGACGAGGCCUUCCAGCUACGCACGAUGGUGCUCGAGUUUCGUGAGAUGCUCGGGCGGCAUGGGGGCAAGGAGAUUGCGAAGGUGGUUGAGGAGACAGUGGUGCAGUGGAAGUUGGAGGGGCGUUGUCUUGGGUUGACGUCAGACAACAUUGCUGCCUUCAGGCGGCUGUCGGAGGAGGGUGGUGGGAGGUGCUUCUUCACCGAGCGCAUGCACUUCCGCUGCCUGGCACAUGUGAUCAACCUUGCCGUGAAGGCAGCUCUCGCAGUGGCCGCCAUCCGCAAGCUGCUGAAGAUCCUGAGGGAGAUGGCGUCGUGGGUGGGCUUCUCGCCGCAGCGCUCGGGGAAGUUCCUGGGCCUGCAACGGACCUUGAACGCGCAGGCCAACCCCGCCAAACCGAAGCUGGCACUGAAGCUGGUGCAGGACUCUCCCACGCGCUGGGGCUCGACUCACGACAUGGUCGAGCGAGCCGGGGUUCUGCAGGAACCUAUCAACGUCUACUUUGCCCAGACAGCGGGCUUGUCGGCGUCUGACAAGAAGAAGGUCGAGAGCUUUCGCCUGACAGACGCAGAUUGGGACAAUCUGCAUGCUUUCAAGGCACUCCUCAGUCCAUUCGCCAGAGUCUCGAAGACUGCAGAGGGGGCGGCGUACCCUACAGUGUCGAUGGUGGUGCCGUACUACAACGGCCUGAUCGACGCUUUGGAGGCGCGCCUUGCGAAGGGGCCAUCGGCUGCGCUGAAGCCGAUGAUCGAGGCGGCGCUGGGGGUCCUGAAGAAGUACGCGUACAUGUCCUCCAACGAGCUGUGGAUCGCCACCUUCUUGGACCCGUCCAUGAAGGCGGCGUGGUUUGAUGACGAGCACUGGGAGUCGCAGCAUCCCGAGACCGAGCCGAGGGUGAGGCCGCGUCCCACUUCUAGCGAGGUGGUCCAGCUGGUACGAGAUCGCGUGGCCGAGUACCUGUCGGAGCGGGUGCGGGAGGACGUGACGGCUCUGGAGUACUGGCGCACCGCCACCAACCUGCAGACGCUCAGGCGCAUGGCCCGAGACUAUCUCGCGAUCCCUGCCACGUCCGCAUCGAGCGAGCGGGUGUUCUCCCUUGGCCGCAACGUCAUUUCCUGGAAGCGGCACCGCCUGCACUCCCAGAGAACGCGAGCUAUCAUGGUUCUCCGAUCCUGGUACACCUCACACCCCGGCCAGAGGAUAGGCGAGGGCCGCCGACAGAGGGGCGUCGCACCGCUAGAGAUUGCCAUUGAGGGCGAGGGGGAGGAGGAGGAUGAUGACGAGGAGGAGGAGGAGGAGAAGGAGGAGGAGGAGGAGGAGGAGGAGGAGGAGGAGGAGGAGGAGGAGGAGGAGGAGGCGGAGGAGGAGGGGGAGGGAGGGGGAGGGGAGGGUGAGGGGGAUGCUGAUGACCAGAUGGAUGGGGUGGAGCCUGCUGUUGGUAGUAGCAGUGGCCCGGCGUUAGCGUAG